AGGCAUGUUUUCGUUAAAGCAUCCUUUGCCGAAGCUCCAAUGGCUCGUCUUGGCAACAUCUAUGGUAUCAGCUGUAGUAGCUGUGGAAGAACAACCCAAGGCGCCUAAACACUGCAGUUCCAGUUGUGGGCAUCUUAAAAUUCCUUACCCUUUUGGCGUAGAAAAGGGAAGCUAUCUAAAGGGAUUUCGCAUUACUUGCAACACUUCCCAAAACCCAGCAAAAGCAUUUUUAGAUGCUACGAAAUAUGAGGUAGUAAACAUUUCUUUAGCUGAAAAUCGGGUACGAGUAAGGAAUUCUGUCCCUGCAUCUGUGACUCACACCUGCUUGGCACUCAAUGGAUCCGAAACUCAUGGACAGACAACCAUGAUUAAUUUGACUGAUACUCCGUUCGCACUGUCUCAAAACAAGUUCGUUGUAACUGGAUGUAACUCUCUGGGCAUCAUCAAACUUGGAAAGAGAGAGCUUCUCACUGGGUGCCUCUCUUUGUGUCACGUUAAGCGCGAGGACAAGACUAACGGAUCUUGCUCUGGGAUUGGGUGCUGCGAGGUCCCUAUUACUGAUCGUCUUAAAAUAGUCGAAACGAUUGUGAGUAACAUUUUCAAUGAAUCAAAAAUAAAGGAAGUGCUUAAUGAAACAAAGAUCUCGAUGCCCUAUCGUUGUGGAUCUGCUUUCUUAGUGGACCAACACAACUAUAGUUUCGAGGCAUCUGAUCUUGAUGAUGAGCAUAAAAUUUUUACUAAGAUACAGCAUUCUACAGUGGUUCUUGAUUGGACUGUGAGCAACCACACUUGCAAAGAAGCUAAAAGAGACUCGAACACUUAUGCCUGCAAGGGGAAUAGCGACUGUGUGGAUUACAAAGUAAAGGAUAGUCAAGGCUAUAGCUGCAGUUGCAAAAAAGGUUACCAAGGGAACCCUUAUUGUAGUCCGGGAUGCCAAGACAUCGAUGAGUGCAUUAACAAUCCAUGUGAAGGCAAUCAUAAGUGUAUUAAUACACCGGGAAGUUAUCAUUGCAAGCAAUUUCUUUCUCAGCUGCUCCUGCUUGUUCUAGCUUUCGUCAGUGUUUUGGUUCUGCUUCCGUUAGUGUUUUCCACUUACUUCUUCUUAAAGAGAAGAAGACUAAUCAAGCUCAGAGAAAAGUUCUUUCUUGAAAAUGGGGGACUAUUAUUGCAGCAGAAAAAUUCUUCCGGUCAAAGUGCUGUUGAGACAACAAAAAUUUUUACGGCCAAGGAGUUGGCAAAGGCCACCGACAAUUAUUCUAAGAGUCGAAUCCUCGGCGAAGGAGGGAAUGGAACGGUCUAUAAAGCUAUCAUAGGAGACAAUCAAAUAGUUGCUGUCAAGAAAUCGAAAAUAGAGACUCGUUCCCAAAUUGAACAAUUUAUCAAUGAAGUUGUUGUUGUUAGCCAAAUCAACCACCGCAACGUAGUCAAGCUCUUGGGAUGUUGUUUGGAGACUGAAGUCCCUUUACUGGUCUACGAAUUUGUCCCCAACGGAAGCCUUCACUAUCACAUUCACAAUUCCGAAAAGGCAGGCGCAAUAUCCUGGGACAUUCGUCUAAGGAUCGCCACAGAAACUGCUAGCGCACUUGCUUACCUUCACUCUGCAGCCUCGAUUCCAAUCAUCCAUCGAGAUGUCAAAUCUGCCAACAUAUUACUCGAUGAAAAUUACAUUGCCAAAGUGUCAGAUUUCGGAGCUUCAAGGUUGAUUCCUAUCGAUAAAACUCAAAUUACUACAUUAGUCCAAGGUACAUUUGGUUACUUGGACCCCCAAUAUUUCCAGACAAGCAAGUUGACAGAAAAGAGUGAUGUUUAUAGCUAUGGGGUUGUGUUAGUGGAACUACUCACUGGUGAGAUACCAGUAUCUUUUGCAAGACCAGAGCCUGAAAGAAACCUAUCUUCUUACUUCAUUUUAUCAAUGCAACAGGAUCGUCUCCUCCAGAUCCUAGAGCCCGAACUUGCAAACGAGGAGAAUAGAGAAGAACUGAUAGCAGUUGCUCACCUGGCUAUGAGAUGUCUGAUGUUGAGGGCGGAUGAAAGACCUUCAAUGAAAGAAGUGCUUAUAGAGCUGAUAGAGUUGAGAAAACUUGAGAAACAUCCAUGGGGUCAAGCUAACUGUGGGCAGGCUUUGAGCUUGUUGCAUGAACAAGCAGAAUUAUACCGGCUCACAGUUCAUCAUCAAAUACUAAAUACAGUGGCACACCAACAAACCUGUCACUUUCAUUAG